AUGACUACAGCAACAGCAACAGCAACAGCAACCACCCUUCCCCCCAUCUCCACCCUCCUCGGCCCCCCCGCACCCCCUGCCCUCCCUCAACUCCCCUACCAACGCUGGGCCUACAAGAACCCCCCCAAGGACCCUUCCCACCCCUUCACACACAAGACCGUCCUCGUGACGGGCUCCAACACAGGUCUUGGCUUCGAAGCCGCACUCAAGUUCGCUCGUCUGGACGCAGCGCAUCUCAUUCUUGGUGUUCGCACGCCCUCGAAAGGCGAAGACGCAAAGCAGCGUAUCAUCGCAGCGACAAACUACCCAGAGCAUCGAAUCACAAUCCUAAAGCUAGACCAGAAUAGCUUUGCAUCCGUACGGGAAUUCCUAUCCAACCUGGGAAAUCUUCUCGGCGAGGAAAGAGGGUUGGACGUUGCGGUCUUGAACGCAGGAAUCGCAGCACCGAAGUAUAAACUCGUCCACGAGACGGGGUGGGAAGAAGCCUUACAGGUGAAUGUCCUCAGUACAGCGAUGGUCGGGAUGGGGGUGAUGAGGUUUUUGAAACGAGAAAGCCCAGCAAGAGGCAAAGGGGAACUAGGACAAUUGACUCUAACGGGCAGUGUGGGACAUGUGUAUGCCAAACGGGAAGAUUUGAUAGGAUUACUAGAUGUGAACGAAGGGGGGAUAUUGGAGGUGGUGAGUUCGAGGGAGUUUUUUGGGGUGGAGAGAUCAUAUUGUGUGAUUAAGGUGUUGACGAUGUAUGUGAUGAAGGGGUUGAUGGAGUGUGCGAGGGAUGAAGUGUGGGUGAAUGUGGUUUGUCCCGGGUUUUCGGUGACGGAGUUGGGGAGGGAGUUUCCUUGGUAUUUUGUUUGGAUGACCAGGAUGAUGUAUUGGUAUUGUGGAAGGACGGCGGAACAAGGGGGGAGGUCGUUGGUUAGUGCGACUUUGUUGGGGGAGGAGGGGAAUGGGGGGUUUUGGGUUAAUGAUGGUGGUGCUAAUGUUGGGGAGAUGGUGACGAGUGAGGAGGGGAUGAGGCUGCAGGAGAGGUUGUGGAGGGAGAUACGUGGGAUUUGCGAGAGGGAGUUGUCUAAGAUGUAA